AUGCCCCGCAGUCCGUUGGAAAUUCCCGCCUUAAGAGUGCUAAUCGAGCGCCAGCAAGUAGAGCGGCGCAUCGGCGAGUUGGCCCAGCUACUAGCCGCCGACUACGCUGGGGCGGCUCCUUUGUUUGUCGGCCUCCUCAACGGAGCCGUGCAGUUUAUGAUGGCUCUAAUGGACCGCUUGCCCGAGGAGCUGUUGGCGCGAUUGGACUACGACUUUGUCGGUGUUUCGAGCUACCGAGGUACAGAGAACACUGGGCAGAUUGAGCUGACCAAAGACCUCGUCGUCGCGGUGGCCGGGCGGGACGUGUUAGUCGUCGAUGGCAUCGUCGAUACGGGCCGAUCGCUAGACUUUGUGCUGGCCAUGAUGGCGUCGCGGCAGCCCCUUUCGCUCAGAGCAUGUACGUUGCUGGACAAACGCGCCCGCAGGGAGUUUCCAGUGCAGAUAGAUUAUUGUGGUUUUGAAAUUGAAGACACGUUCGUCGUCGGCUACGGCAUGGAUUGCGACCAGCGCUACCGCGCCCUACGCCACAUUGCCGCCAUCGGAUGA